UUACGCUUGGGAGGUUUGCGUUGAUCCGUGGAAGGACGACAUUUAUUGAAGGCGUUUCAUCGCUUCUUCGUAGUUGUCAUCACCGCGUUUCUACGCACAGCUGGUAGCUUCACGGAGUACACAGCCAUGGUGGAGUAAUAACAGCAUAAACAUGCAAGCUACAGGUUCAUCUUCUAGUCAAAGAAACCCGUAAUUUCCGUGCAGUCCACGCUUUUCGAUCGUCAACAUGGCGGCAACUCAGGAGGAACGAACAAUAAAUGCGAAUGUGCCAAGCGGUUCAGACGGAACUCAUCCGGCGAAAUCAGUGUUAAAAGAAGCUGUUGAUGCUGUGCUCAAUUCAUUUGCUAAACACACGCAUGGAUAUGGCAGAGUAAAUGUCAUAGAAGCAUUGCAGGAGUUUUGGCAAAUGAAAGAAUCCCGUGGAGCUCCCAUGAAGGGUGGUUCCACUAUCCUAUACGAGCCUGAGUCAUCGGAGAAGCCACCGUACGUCUGUUAUGUAAGUUUGCCUGGAGGAAGCAGUUUUGGGAGUUUUCAACCAUGUCCAACUAAAGCCGAGGCUAGAAGGAGUGCUGCAAAGAUUGCACUGAUGAACUCUGUGUUUAAUGAACAUCCUUCCAGAAAAAUUACAGAUGAAUUUGUGGAAUCAGCUGUCAAAGAAGCCGAGUCAACAGAAAUGCAAGUUGCUCUGAAGAGAAGAACAAUAAAUCUGACAGCAGACAGCUCUAAAGAUCCCAACACUGGUGUUGGAGCAUUCCGCUUUAUGCUGGAAUCAAACAAGGGAAAGAGCAUGCUGGAGUUCCAAGAUCUAAUGACAAUAUUCCAGUUAUUGCACUGGAAUGGGAGUUUAAAAGCCAUGCGCGAUAGAAACUGUUCUCGGCAGGAAGUGUUGGAACAUUAUUCUGAUAGAACUAUUGAUGAUGAGAUGAGGAGUCAAAUGGCGUUGGACUGGAUUUCCCGUGAACAAGAACAACAAGGGUUGAUAAAAAGGGAACUCGACAAGGCUUGUAAAGAGUUAGAACAAUGCCGUCUUAGUGGGCGGGAGCUGAGGUUUCCUAAAGAGAAACGUGACAUUCUGAUGCUUGCUUGGAGUCAAAUUGGAAAAGUUUAAACUCUUGCUCUAGUAGUUAUCAAAUUGGUUAAAUUAUUGCUGGGGAAAAAUUACGUAAUGUACAGUUGUAUCAUUUGUCUGUGGUAAGGAUUUUGCAUCCAGGUACAAAUCUGGAGACAUAUUUUAAGUGAUUACGGAGCUAACUGUAGUAGAACCAAGAGGUAUUGUCUCAGAUGAGCAGAUAAAACUUGUAAUUAAUACCUAGCCUAUAAAUUGAAGCUGUAAUUAUUUAUUGCCCUGUGUUAGAAAGCUAUGUACAAAAGUUUGUACAAUUGAUUGUUUCAUUAGUAUUUUUUUUUUCAUUGUGCUUGUUCAUAGAUUUUAUGCUGAAAACAGAGGUUUUUGCUAAAGGUAGUAGGUUUUGUUGUUUUUGUCAAAUCAUUAUCAAGUGGACUUCAAUAAUUAUGCAUGAAGUACAAUGUACAAAUGUAUCAUUAAUUUUAGAAUGGAACUUGAAUUGGAACAGUUCUGACAUACACUGCAGUACUUAACAGCAGUGAAAACAAAUGGUGACCCAGGUCUUCAAAUAAUAAUAAUAAUAAUAAUAAUAAUAAUAAUAAUAAUAAUAAUAAUAAUAAUAAUAAUAAUAAUAAUAAU